AUGGCAUCGUACCAAGAACUGAUGGCUCAGGCUCAAGCCCUGUUUGCGCAAGCGGAAGAUACCCGCAAGACAGAGAUGGCUGCAGUCGUCGCCGAUAUCAAGGCCAAAAUGAAAGAGCACGGCAUUACCGUGGCUGAUCUGGGCGGCGCUGGCACCGGCAAACGCGUCGGCAGCAAAUCCAAGUCGACGGCGCCAGCCAAGUACCGCGGCCCCAAUGGUGAACUCUGGGCCGGUGGCCCUGGCCGCAAGCCCGAGUGGGUGCGCGAGUUGCUUGCUUCGGGCAAGAGUGUUGAGGAGUUCCGCAUCUGA